AUGGGAGAUCGCGGGAGUGGUGGCGGAGGAGAAGGCGGUGGCCGGAUCCAGUACCCGUCCCUGACCUCUACCAACUACACUAGUUGGAGUAUCAGGGUUCAGGCGAUCAUGGAAGAUCAGGGCGUGUGGGAGGUGGUUGAGCCGGCGGGGGAAUCGUCGGAUCAAGGCGCAGCGGCGAGGAAGGUGAAGGACACCAAGGCACGGGCGCAUCUGCUCCAGUGCCUGCCCGAUGACUUGCUGAUGCAGGUCGCCACGAAGAAGACCAAGAAGGAGGUUUGGGACUCGCUCAAGGUGAGAUUCGUGGGGGAGGAGCGUGUCAAGGAGGCGAGAUUGCAGACGCUGAAGAGCGAGUUUGAUGGAUUGAGGAUGAAGGAUGAUGAAUCGAUUGAUUAUGCGAGAAAAGCCGGCGAGUAUGUCACGUUGGUGAAGAAGAUGUUCGACACCACGCCGGAGAAGUACAUCCAUGUGAUCGCCGGGAUCGAGCAGUUCUUUGACCUCAAGAAGAUCGCCGACGAAAGCCGCCGUGAGUGGGAGGCUCGGCAAAAGAAGUCCACUGGAGAGGGAUCUGGUGGUGGAAGGAAUCAUGGCAGUGGCCGUGGACGGGGUCAUGGCCGUGGCGGUGGAAGCAGUGGGCGCGGCAGUCAUGGCGAUGGUGGCAGAUAUGGCGCGGGGAAGCGUGACAAAAGCCACAUCAAGUGUUUUAAGUGCCACACCUAUGGACACUAUGCCAACAGGUGUCCAGGAGGUGGUGAGAAGAAGAAAGAAGAGGAGGCACAUCAUGUCAAGAAGGUGGAGUAUGAGCCUACAGUUUUGCUUGCUGAAACGGAGGAACCAGGACAGCUCAAGCAUCUGUUGUCGGAAAACAGUCAGCCUCAGGGAGUGUGUUGUCUGAAUGAUGGUGAACAGUGGGGAGCUGAUGAUGGUCACCAGUUUGAUGCACCUAGUGGAAACAACUUUGAUGGUGCAACUAAAAAUUCAAGUGGAGUGGGAGAGAACUCACAUUUAGGUUCUGUUCACAGUCAGGCAACAGGAGCAACAGCAUCAGAAAGUGCAGAGACAGGAGAUGUACCUGCUGAGAUGGAUGUUGAUGGCACUGUGGAUAUUGAUGAUGGACCUGUGAGAUUUAGAAACUUGAAUGAAGUAUAUCAGGGUUCAGUGGAAGUAGAACUGAAUUAUGACAGUGAAGUAGAAGCACUGAUGGCAGUCAUGGAGGAACCAACUUGCUACUAG